AUGGAUGAGAUUCGGACCGGCAACCGUAGAUCUAUUCGCCUCGCGCGAAAACAGCCAUUGUCCUAUGUUCUUCUCGCUAAAGGACGCUUUUCCUCCCCUGUGCCUGAUAACUCCAACACUGGCCAGGGUGAGAGAGAAGGGCCUGUCUCUCAUCCUGAUAGCACCCAGGUGGCCCAAAGCACUGUGGCUGGCAGAGAUAAUUCCUCUGUUAUAUGCCCAGCCAUGGUGCCUCCCCCUCUGCACAGAUCUAUUAUCUCAAGCGAACGGGGAGAUUUAUCACCCACACCCGGACAGGGUGGCUCUCUGGGCCUGGCCCGUGAGAGGACAAACUUAAACGUGCUAGGACUUCCCCCGUGUGUGGUUGCUACUAUACAGAAUGCCAGGGCCGUGUCUACUCGGUCCUUAUAUGGCUGUAAGUGGCAGGUGUUUGAAGGGUGGUGUGAUGGGCGUCGUCUCACAUCAUAUCAGUGCUCAGUUCCUGAUAUUUUGUGUUUUUUACAAGACCUUAUGGAUAAAGACAGGUCUUUUUCCACCAUUAAGGUCUACCUGGCGGCUAUUUCUGCAUCUCAUGUGGGCUUUGAGGGCUCAAUGGUCGGGCAGCAUAGUCUAAUCCGCAGAUUUAUGAAGGGUGCCCGUCGUUCUUUGCCCGUUAUCAGGAGAACUGUUCCUGAAUGGGACCUCUCCAUGGUGCUGGAGGCUCUGUCUCAAUCCCCUUUUGAGCCCCUGGGAAGUAUUUCCCUGAAGCUGCUGUCCUUCAAGACAGCUUUGCUCUUGGCCUUGGCUUCAGCUAAACGUGUCAGUGAGCUUCAUGCACUCUCGGUUCAUUCCUCGUGCACCAAAUUCUCUCUUAGUGGAGAUAAGGUUUUUCUUAAGCCGAACCCGGCUUUUUUGCCUAAGUGCUUCCCUGCAUUUACAUCGGAGGUGUUGGAGCUGUCCGCUUUUCACCCUCCACCUUUUUCUUCCACUGAGGAUCAGAGGCUGAAUGCUCUGUGUCCAGUUCGUGCAUUACAGACGUAUAUGACUAGGACCAGUGCUUUCCGGAAGAGCGACCAGCUCUUUAUUUCAUGGGCGCCCCCGCACAGGGGGAGUCCCAUAUCUAAGCAACGCCUUUCACAUUGGCUUGUGGAAGCUAUUGCUUUGGCAUAUGAAUCGAUGGGUGUGCAGCCCCCAGGGAACAUCAGAGCUCAUUCCACAAGGGGCUUAGCCGCCUCUUGGGCCUCUUGGGCCGGAGUGUCGCUACAGGACAUCUGCUCUGCUGCCAGCUGGGCCUCUCCCCAU